AUGAAACGGGGGUGGCCGUUCAAGCCGGAUCCGUUCCAGCAGCGCGCGGCUGUGCCUGGAGCGCGGUCACUGCUGCUGGUGGCCGCUCACACCUCGGCCGGCAAAACCGCGCUGGCCGAGUACGCCAUGGGGCUGGCCCGGCGCCACAUGACACGGUCCAUCUACACCUCCCCCAUCAAGGCUUUGUCCAAGCAGAAGUUUGGGGAUUUCCGCGACACCUUCGGGGACGUGGGGCUGCUGACGGGGGACGUGCGGCUGCGCCCCGAGGCCGCGUGGCUGGUGAUGAGCACCGAGAUCCUCAGGUCGAUGCUGUCCAACGGCUCCAACGCCAUCCGGGACCUGGAGUGGGUGAUCUUCGACGAGGUUCACUGCGUCAACGACAAUGAGAGGGGUGUGGUGGGGGAGGAGGUGCUGAUCCUGCUGCCCGAGCACGUGAAGCUGGUGCUGCUCAGCGCCACCGUCCCCAACGCCCUCGAGUUCGCCCAGUGGGUCGGUCGCACCAAGCGUCGCUGUGUCCGUGUUCUGAGCACCCCGCGCCGCCCGGUGCCGCUGGAGCAUUUCCUGUUCACCGGGAACAGCGCCCGGAACCGGCACCAGCUGUUCCAGCUGCUGGGCCCAGGGGGGGCCUUCAGCACCCAGGGGUACUACGCGGCGGUGGAGGCCAAGAAGGAGCAGAGCAGCAAACACGCGCAGAGCUUCGGGGCACGGCAGCCCACCAUGGGAGCCCCCAACCCUGGGCAGGAGCGUGGUGUCUGGCUGUCCCUCCUGCAGACCCUCCGUGAGCGGGAGCUGCUCCCGGCCGUCACCUUCACCUUCUCCCGUGGCCGCUGCGAGGAGCAGGCGGCUGCCCUGGGCUCCCUGGAGCUGCUGAGCGGCGCCGAGCGCGCCCAGGUCCGGCACUUCCUGACGCGCUGCCUGGCCCGGCUGCGCGGCUCCGACCGGCGCCUGCCACAGGUACUGCAGCUGUCGGAGCUGCUGCAGCGCGGCAUCGGCGUCCACCACGGCGGGGUCCUGCCGCUGCUCAAGGAGGUGGUGGAGAUGCUCUUCAGCCAGGGGCUGGUGAAGGUGCUGUUUGCCACCGAGACCUUCGCCAUGGGGGUGAACAUGCCGGCGAGGACCGUCGUCUUCGACUCCAUCCGCAAACACGACGGGAAUGGCUUCCGGGAUCUCCUGCCCGGCGAGUACACGCAGAUGUCGGGGCGCGCCGGCCGCCGCGGGCUGGACACCACCGGCACCGUCAUCAUCCUCUGCAAGGGAGCCGUGCCCGAGCUGUCGGAUCUGCACCGCAUGAUGCUGUGUCACUGCCAUGUUCCCACCGUGUCCCCCGAUGGCUUCGGCUCCCAACGGUCGCUCCCCGGCGCUGGGUCCAGAGCGGCCCGAGGAGGGGAUGCUCUGUGUGCCGGAACGUUUCUCAGAGGCAAUCCUCCCGUUGCAGCUGCUGCCAGCACUGAAAACCUGUGUGCUUCGUGGUGUCCAUCGCCCAGCUGGCAACGAUUCCCUGGUGUUUGGUGCAUUAAGUCACACCCAGCUGUGUGGGAUGGCAGGGGCUGGUUCUGGGGUAACAAGGAAACACAAGGCCUAAACACCUCUGGCUUGUCUGUCCAAGGAUCUGCCUCAAUUGUGGCUCCCAUCCUUCUGAAGAACUCUUCAGCACAAGGCAGGGUUCCUGGACGAGGUGACCCAGGACAGCUUCGUGCUGGGCCCGGGCUACGACCGCCCCUAGCAGCUGGAGCCCGCGGUGAGGGAGCCCAAGAGCAUCCAGCUGUACCAGCACCUCAGCCUCAAGAGCUGCAUCUGGACCUUCGACGCUUAUUACGACAUGACCGAGUUAAUUGAUGUCUGUGGGGGCUCUGUCACCGCUGACUUCCAGGUAAGGGACUCUGCCCAGUCCUUCCUGACAGUCCACGUCCCUCUCUCCGUGUCCUACAUCUGUGUGACGGCACCGAGGGGCUGGGCUUCCCUGGAGCACCGCACCGAGAUGGAGUUCUCCUUCUUCUACGA